AUGAGGCCGACAGCUCGUGUGUUUGCGCGCUACCUGGAGGCCGGUACUCCCACCGGCCUCACUGGUCUAUGGACACAUGCCACGCCCCGAUCGACCCUCCUCUACCUGUACGGCACCACCCUUAGCAAGCUCCAGAGCAUCCCCGAGACUUCCAUGUACCGCCAAUCCGUCGAGGCUGUUACCAAGCAGCGCAUGACCUUCGUCGAGCAGAUGGUUCCUCCCGGUUACAACGAAUGGGCGGCCCGCGCCAAGGAGCUUGUCAGCAAGAACUCGUCCCAGUUCCGUGUUGCCAGUGGCCGUGUCGACGGCAGCGAGGCUCAUACAGUCAAGCUUGGUGACAAGAUCUUUGUGGUAGGCCGAAAGCAUGAGGCGGGCGAUAUCCGAAAUGAGGAGUGGAACGGCGAGGAGGACGAAGGCUCUGAGUAUGAGGGUAUCCGAACGCUCAAGGAGCGAGAGGACCAAGUUACCUGGGCAGAGCGCAAGCCUCUUGAGGACCACGAGAAGGUUGAGUGGGAGGACGAGCCUCAAAUGACAGCAGAUCAGGUUCACGAGCUCGAGCAGAAGAUCGGAGCUGGUCUUAUUGAGGAGGUUAUUCAGGUCGCCGAGGGCGAGCUCAAGCUGGUUGAGACCAUGGAGAAGACCAAGGUCUGGGAGGACCUUGAGGAGCAGCCUGUCACUGGCCAGUGGACGUACUUUCCCCGAGCUUAA